CCAGAACAUGUCACCUGGAUGUCUCUGCCUCACAAGGGCCAGCUUCUGAUCCUGUUCCUCUGCCGCAUGGUCGACUUUCUUCAGGUUGCCACCCUGCAGGCGUACAUCUUUUACCAGCUGCGACACAUGGCUGAACAGCAGAUACUAGAGGCCGGCUCAGUCAUGUCUGAUGCCAAGAUCUCAGCACAGGCUGGUCUCCUGACAGGAGGCUUCACCGGUGCUCAAGUUCUCACAGCCAUUUUCUGGGGCAAGGUGGCCGACUCUCCCAAGAUCUACGGAGGCCGCAAGAUGGUGCUCCUGAUCGGAACCCUCGGAACGGCGAUUGCCUGUUUCGGGUAUGGCUUCUCCAACUCAUUUGCCACCGCCAUGUUCUGGAGAGUUGUCGCAGGCUGCGUCAACGGCCUUGUCGGCAUCAUCCGGACCAUGAUCUCUGAGAUCACCGUCGAGAGGAAGUACCAGUCCAGGGCUUUCCUCAUCCUGCCAAUGAGCUUCAACGUCGCUGGUAUCUUGGGCCCCAUUCUCGGAGGCUGGCUUGCGGACCCGGCUGUGACCCUCCCUGCGUGGUUCGCACCAGGUGCUCCCUUCCACAGCACGCUGAUUGAGAAAUACCCCUUCGCGCUGCCUUCGAUCGCCAACGCUGCCGCCCUCUUCGCCGUGUUUCUGGCUGUCCUCUUUGGCCUGGAGGAAACUUCCAAGUCCAAGAAGGGCACCUACGAUAUCGGUCUGGACUAUGCGGCCCGCGUCAAGUGUUUUAUCCUGCGCAGGCCCAGCGACUACGUCUACCACGACCGCAGCGGCUACGACCAGCUCGAGUCGAUGCAGAUGAGCGAGAAGAGCGGCAGACCCGCGAUGCCCGCUGCCCUCCCUGGCAAGAAGAGAAAGACCCUCCCCUUCUCGCGCCUGUGGACCAAGAACGUCAUCUUCACCCUCCUCAGCCAGGCCUUUUACGACUUCCACCUGGGCGCCUUCACCAACAUCUGGACCCUCUUCCUGUCCACCCCUCGCCCUGGCUUCGUCUCCCCCUCUGUCGAGACCAUUCCCGUCGUCGAGGGCCGUGCUCUGGGCAAGCGCAACUUGCUCUGGUUCGCAGGAGGCCUGGGCAUGCCUGCUUCUACGGUUGGCAACGCCACCUCCAUCCUCGGCGUCCUGGGCAUGCUGCUGCAGGUCGUCAUGUACCCGCCCAUGCACGCCCGCCUGGGAACCCUGCGCAGCUUCCGGUACUUCCUCGUCAUCUUCCCCGUGGCCUACCUGCUCGCGCCCUUCCUCGCCACCCUCCCACAGACCCAGAACGAGGACGGCACCACGUCGGUGUCUACCGCCCUCUGGUUCGCCAUCGUCAUGAUCCUGUUCCUGCACACCUCUGCGCGCACCAUGACACUGCCCGCCAGCAUCAUCCUGCUCAACAACUGCAGCCCGCACCCUUCUGUGCUGGGUACUAUCCACGGCAUCGGACAGUCCGUGUCUGCUGGGUUUAGGACUGUUGGACCCAUCGUGGGCGGCUGGUGGUACGGCAUGGGCUUGGACUGGGGCAUGGUCGCCUUCAGCUGGUGGGCUGUGGCCCUUGUCAGCGUGGGUGGCUCGAUUGCCUCCUUGAUGCUGUACGAGGGUACCGGCAAGGAGAUUGAGCUGGAUGACGAGGAGGAAUAG